CAUACCCCCUCAUCUGUCUCCAUACCUCUUUCCAAUCGAUCUUCAAAGCUUGCGGAGAUAAUCAAACGACCCCAUGGCGGACCGCUAUUCGUUCUCUCUCACCACCUUCUCCCCCAGUGGAAAGCUGGGCCAAAUUGAAUAUGCCUUGAACGCUGUCAACCAGGGCGUAACUGCGCUCGGAAUUAAAGCAACAAAUGGAAUCGUCCUCGCUACUGAAAAGAAAUCGUCUUCACCACUCGUCGACCCUUGCUCUCUUUCCAAAGUUUCCUUAAUCACGCCUGACAUUGGCACGGUGUACGCGGGAAUGGGUCCAGACUACCGUGUACUGGUCGACAAGGCACGCAAAGUUUCCCACACUGGUUACAAGCGUAUCUAUAACGAACACCCCCCUACUCGUAUAUUAGUGCAAGAUGUUGCGCGUGUCAUGCAAGAGGCCACCCAGUCCGGUGGUGUUCGACCGUACGGUGUCAGUUUGUUGAUCGCUGGUUGGGAUGAGGGUGUCGAACCUGAGUCAGAGGAGGCUCAGAAGGGCGAUAGUGAAGAUGAGCCUAGAAAGGCAACCGGUAAGACGGGCGGUAUCUUGAAGGGUGGCCCGAGCUUGUAUCAGGUCGACCCAAGUGGUAGUUAUUACCCAUGGAAGGCUACGGCUAUUGGCAAGCAUGCUACGAGUGCGAAGACAUUCCUUGAAAAGCGUUACACUGAAGGUCUCGAACUCGAAGAUGCUAUCCAUAUUGCCCUGUUGACGUUGAAGGAGACCAUUGAGGGUGAGAUGAAUGGUGACACAAUAGAGAUUGGUAUUGUUGGCCCUCCUGCCGACCACCUACUGGGUUUUGAGGGCGUCGAAGGUGCCCAGGGGCCCAGAUUCAGGAAGUUGACGAAAGAGGAGAUCGAGGACUAUCUUACCAAUCUAUGAAUGAUUUAAGUAUGGACGUAUUGGGCGGUUUUGGACCUUGUAGCAUAAUAGACAUAUGUCGAGACUUGCGAGGUUCCCAUACAUGCUAGCAAAGAUUUUCUACGACGAUUGAUCUUAACCUACCGAAGCAUAUUGAGCUUUGUGACGCUGGACAACAAAAAGUGGUGGCGCACGUCGGCGUGUCAUCAUGUCCAAUAUUACCCAUCAAUUUUCGGAAUGAAUAAGGCUCUAUAAUUGCAUG